UGUAGUUGUGCCACAGGAUAUUUGAAGGAUCCUCAAGAUACUACACGUUGCAAAGCUGCUGAAGGCCAUGCGAGUCUCAUAUUUACUAGGCGCCAUGAUAUAAGGAAGUAUGCACUGGAUCGAAAAGAAAUAACAGAACUUGUCAAUGGCACUAGAUUAGCGAUGGCUUUUGAUUUUGUUUUCAGAACGGGUAUGUUAUUUUGGAACGAUGCAGGUGACCAAAAGAUUUACAAAUCUCCUAUCGAUGAAGGCAAUGAUAAAUCAAUAGUUAUUGAUGAAGACCUAACUAUAUGCGAUGGCUUAGCUAUUGAUUGGAUUUACAAUCACGUAUACUGGAGCGAUGUAGGAAAAAAAACUAUUUCGCUAACUGAUUUUGAUGGUAACAUGAAAAAAACUCUGGUUACUGAGUACAUUGAGGAACCUCGAGCUUUAGCACUUAAUCCAUUAGACGGUUGGAUGUUUUGGAGCGACUGGGGUGAAACUGCUCGAAUAGAAAGAUCUGGAAUGGAUGGUUCUCACAGAUCAGUAAUUAUCGAAAAAGAUAUUAAAUGGCCCAACGGAUUAGCGCUUGAUCUUAUAGCCAGACGAAUAUUUUGGGUUGAUGCGAAAUUACAUAUUAUUACAUCUAGUGACUACGAUGGAAUGCAUCGACGUACAAUUUUAUUUUCAACUGAAUUUCUGCGACAUCCAUUCAGUAUUACAGUAUUUGAAGACUUCAUUUAUUGGUCGGAUUGGACUAAGCAAUCUAUAUUUAGAGCAAAUAAAUUUACUGGUAAAGAAGUUCAAUUAAUCGUAUCGAAUCAGUCAAUACAACAUCCUAUGGUUCUACAUAUUUACCAUCCAUAUAAGCAGCCUGAUGGUAUAAAUCAAUGUGAAGCUGUCAAUGGUCGUUGUAGUCAUUUAUGUUUACCGUCUCCAAAGAUCAAUUCCGAGUCUCCACUAAUAAGUUGCGCAUGUCCUGAUAACUUAAUUUUAACAUCUGAUGGCCUUUUAUGCUCCAAACCAGUGCAGUAUACGCUAUAUGAUCCUGAUGACUUGAAAUUGGGAGUUCAUGAAGUUAGACUCACGACUGGAACCAUUCUAAGUAUUUUCUUGUUUAGUAUUAUCCUGUUUAUGACAAUCUUGGCCACUUGUUACAAGUAUAGUUUGAGAAAUAAGUUGAAAAGUAUCAGUUUUUAUAAUCCAGUCUACAAAAAAAAAUCAGUAGAUUUGUUUAAACUGGACAAGAGACAGUAUUUAUUUAUUACAAGUAUUCAAGAAGAAAUCAAAUGA